AUGUCGCAAGAUACCAGGGAAGGCGAUCCUCAGGGAAUCAAACGAAAGCGGGAAGGACCAGGGAGCAAGAGACGAGCCUCGCUUGCAUGUGAUACUUGCCAAAGACAGAAGGAAAAAUGCGAGGGCGGCCCUCCGUGCUGGAGAUGUCAGCGACUGAGUCGACCCUGUCAUUUCCAGGAACAACCGGCACCUAAGAAAGCGACAUUUGUGGUGUCCCGACAGCCUCCUCCGCCGGUUCCAACAGACAGUGAUCAACGGGUCCAAAACCUCGAACAUAUUGUACGACACUUCCUCGGUGAUGUCCCCUUGGACGAAGAGUAUAUCAGUUGGAUCGUGUCGAAAUGCUCGAAGAAUAGUGAGGUGGAAAGCCUUUUGGGCGUCAAUGAAUCAUUUGAUGUUCAAUUCGUGUCUCGAGAUGUGGCCUUCUACUCUGGCGAGUUUUCACAUUGGAAUUUCUCGGAAAAGCUACGUCGUACAACCAACUGUUACAAAGACACUCCCGCGCCAGGGGUCAAGGAGUACUGGCGCCCAACUCAUCUGCAAUCAUCAAUCCACAUUGUGACCGAAGUGAUCGGCCAAUUACCACCCGAACCGAUAGCUCAUGCCGGGCGGCUUCUUCUGGUAAUUCUUGCAGAGACACUCAACUCGGGGAAAUCGAAAAGGCUCCAAGACGGCUUAACACGCGGGAUGACCUUGAUACGACAAAUGAUCGGGGGAACUGCCUCUCAAUCUGAGAUCUCGUAUAUCGAAUCCAUCGAAGCCGCCAUCCGCCAGCUAUCAUCGCAUGAUGACUCUUCGCGCUCGACCGAGUUGACUACCAACAGCUCCUCUUCCGCUUACGCCACAUUCAAGAACUGGACUCAAUCCAUGAAGAACAAGAGCAGUGGAAAUACCCUGGAGCUUUCCUCAUUUAGCCCAAUGUCUGGCUUUACAUCCGGGGGCGAAAGUGUUAUUCAACCUGAUAUGAGCGAGCUGGCGGAAUUCCUUAAUCCGGAUUGGCCUUCCACUAAUUUGGAGCUCGACGCGGAAGUGUUCUUUGGGCAAGUCGAGACAUCGCGCGGCGCUGUCACGACAAAGAAGGUGGUGCUUGCAACGAAUGCCUACACCUCAGCUCUAGCGGCCCAGUUCAAGGAUAAAAUUGUUCCAGUCAGGGGAACUUGCUGUCGCAUCGCUGUUCCUCCGGCCUCGACGGCUCCGCGCCUAACAAACACGUUGCAUUCAUUGACAAAGCUGGACGACUCUCGUGUUCUGGAGUCCGCCGUACGAUACUUUGAUGGGUACAUGCAGCGGAAUUUUGUUGGGUGGGAGGAUAGCCAAGCUUACACGGACCGAGUAUGGACUGGAAUCAUGGGCUAUUUGUCCGAUGGGCUACCACACGUCGGUCACGUCCCGGGAGAGGAUGGGCAAUUCAUUCUGGCGGGAUUCACAGGUCAUGGCAUGCCACAGAUCUUCCUUGCAGCAGAGGGCAUCGCCAAGAUGAUCCUGAGGGGAGCCAAGUUUGAGGAGACGGGACUGCCACGGCUGUUCCAGUCCUCCCAGGCCCGAUUGGACAAGUUGCAGAAUAAGAUCCUGGAUCAAAACCCCCAAGAUACUACGCAAGCCAAACUAUAA